UGUGAGUAUCAUAUUUGAAAAAAUUGUCGUGUGAAUACGAAACGACGACUACGACGACGAAGAGCAGAAGAAGAAGAAGAGGUGGAAAGAAAGAUAGAAUAAAGAAAAAAAGCGAAACACACAUAUACAGAAUAUAAUUGAGACGCACACAUUGAAAUUUUGGUGUUGUUGUGUGUCUCAUUCGGUCUCGCGUCAAAUGUAUUGAUUUUGUAUCCUUUUCUAUUUCAUGUCGUCGUUGAAUAACGUUUGGUUGUGUGUAUUGGGGCGAAGCAGCGCAAACAGAGUCGAAUAUAACGAAGUAAAGCGACGACGUCGACGACUACGAAUACAACGACAACGCGCUACGACGACGACUACAACAACGACUACGACGGAAUAGUGGAAGAUUUUUUCAUUUUUUUAUUUUUUUUUUAUUUGAUUUUCAAUACGUUCGUGUGUUGUUCGUGUGCGAGACGGAAAAAAUUGAAAAAGUUCAACGCAAAAUUUUACCAAAUUCAAGUGAAAAAUAUUAAAAACGUUUAUGUGAUUAAUAUAGUAAAAAUCAUUGGCAAUCGAAUGAUGAAAUUUUAAGCGAUGGAUGGUUAUGAAUAAUUCGUGAAAAAUUGUGAUUUUUGUUGGUAGUAAGUAUGGCGUUGUCUAGUGCCCAAGUAUUGGGUAGCGAUGCCAACAGUACUAGCAACAUUAAAAAACGAAAUCUAAAUCAUCGCAUACAUCGGUUGAAGCAAAUUAAGGAAAAUCAUGCGGAACAUGUAGCCGAAAUUUAUUUUCUUCAGACCGGCGGUAAUAUGAUGGAUUAUCAAACGUGGCGUAAAAAGGCCAAUGGUCCGGAUGUUGUAAAUUUUAUGAAGCAAUACCGGUUGGAGCCAAAUAAUAGCGCCGAUACUGCGCCAUCAAUUGGAAUGGCAGCAGCCGGUGUGACAACAACGACCACAUUAAAUACCAUAGCCACAGCCACAACAACAAUACAAACUGUUGGCCAACAAUCCGCCUCCUCCCAUUCACAAAACACAACUCAAACUCAACCACCGCCACUCAUAUCAACGAAUUCACCGCACGGCGUCGAAAUCAAAAUUCCAGGCGUUGGUGUUACACCGGUCGCAAUUUCAACCACAUUACCAGCGGCUGUAGUGCAGCUUAACCAAUUAGGCGGAACACCGUUAGUACCUGAUACGCCAAAACGAAGUAUAGCUGAAACAAAGAAAACCUAUUCAUUGUCAACGCCUACGAAUACUCAACAACAUCAGCAUCAACAUACGCCAUCGGCCGCACCAACAAUUGCAUCGGCAACACCAUCAUCAUCAACGACAACCACACCGAAUGCGGCUACUGCAGGUAGUAGCAGCAAUGGGCCACAAGAACAAUUUUUAAAAGUGCGUCAAGAGGCAUCGGUUAUGCAACGAAUAUCCGAGUUACAGCGUGAAGGUCUAUGGACGGAAAAACGUUUGCCAAAAUUACAAGAACCACAACGGCCAAAAGCCCAUUGGGACUAUUUACUUGAAGAAAUGGUAUGGCUGGCCGCCGAUUUUGCCCAAGAACGUAAAUGGAAAAAGGCAGCGGCCAAAAAAUGUGCGCGUAUGGUACAAAAGUAUUUCAGCGACAAAGCGGUUGCCGCCCAAAAGGCCGAAAAAGCAAAAGAACUACAAUUGAAACGGAUUGCCGGUUUUAUUGCAAAAGAAAUCAAAAUCUUUUGGUCAAACGUUGAAAAAUUGGUGGAAUUUAAACAAGAGACAAAAAUCAAAGAGAAACGAAAAGAGGCAUUGGAUCAACAUUUAAGCUUUAUUGUCGAUCAAACUGAAAAAUAUUCACAACAAUUGGCCGUUGGCAUGAAUAAAUCAUUGACCGACACCAAUACCGCCAAUACAUCGGCCGCUGUCAGUCUUAACUCCAGCCGAAGGUCAUCGCCACGACGUGAUGCACCAUCAGAUGAUGAAUUUUUGCCCGGUAAUGAUGACGACGAAGAUGACGAAGAAACUAUUGCCAAAGAAGAAGAAGAACAAGCGACCGAUACAAAAGCCGAAAUAGCCGCCUUACAAAAAGAAUCCGAAAUGGAUUUAGACGAUUUAGACUUUUUAUCCGAUUACUUGAAAAAUCGUGACAAAAUCAUUUUGAGCGAAGUCGAGAAUGACGAUGAUGACACAAAUCAAGAGCCACCAAAACGAACAACAUCCCGCAAACGAGCCAAUAUCACUGAAGUCAAAGCUGACGAUGAAUCAAAUGAAGCAAACAGUCGACGUGCUACAUCGAAACGAAGAAUCGAGCGCAUGGAAUUGGAUUCAGAUGAUGAUUCGACAGCAGUUGAAGAUGAUGAGGACGACGAUGAGGAUGAAGACAGCGAUGAAUUCAGUGAUAAUGAAAACGAUGAGGAGAUGAUUGAUGAAGAAAACAAAGACUUUGGCUUGAAAAGCCUCUUGGAAGAAGAUGAAAAUAAGCAAUCUCAGGCGGAUAAAGAUGAUCUCAUAAAUGAUGCUGCAGCAAUAGCUGAAAGUAUACAGCCGAAAGGAAAUACAUUGUUAACAACAAAUGUUGUGACACCCGUACCGUUUUUGCUGCGGCACACCUUACGUGAAUAUCAGCACAUUGGCCUGGAUUGGUUGGUGACGAUGCACGAUCGAAAACUGAAUGGCAUUCUUGCCGAUGAAAUGGGUUUGGGAAAGACCAUUCAAACGAUCUCGUUGCUCGCUCAUUUGGCAUGUGUGAAAGGUAAUUGGGGUCCGCAUUUAAUUGUGGUACCAUCAUCGGUGAUGCUCAAUUGGGAAAUGGAAUUUAAAAAAUGGUGUCCUGGCUUCAAAAUUCUCACGUAUUAUGGUUCACAAAAAGAGCGUAAAGCGAAACGUAUUGGUUGGACAAAAGUGAAUGCAUUUCAUGUGUGCAUCACAUCAUAUAAACUGGUCAUCGCCGAUCAUCAAAGUUUUCGACGAAAAAAAUGGAAGUAUUUGAUAUUAGACGAAGCGCAAAAUAUCAAAAAUUUUAAAUCACAACGAUGGCAACUAUUGCUGAAUUUCCAAACUGAACAACGUCUACUACUAACUGGCACACCGUUACAGAAUAAUUUGAUGGAAUUGUGGUCACUGAUGCAUUUUCUAAUGCCACACGUGUUCCAAUCACAUCGAGAAUUCAAAGAAUGGUUCUCAAACCCAAUGACCGGCAUGAUUGAAGGCAAUUCCGAAUACAAUGAUUCCAUCAUCAAACGUUUGCAUAAGGUGCUGAGACCGUUUUUAUUGCGUCGUUUAAAAUGCGAAGUGGAAAAACAAAUGCCGAAAAAGUAUGAGCACGUUGUAAUGUGUCGGCUAUCAAAGCGUCAACGAUAUUUAUACGAUGAUUUUAUGAGCCGUGCAAAUACACGUGAAACACUGGCGUCCGGUAAUCUAUUGAGCGUAAUCAAUGUACUGAUGCAAUUGCGUAAAGUGUGUAAUCAUCCGAAUAUGUUUGAAACACGACAAACUGUAUCACCAUUUCGUAUGGAUGGCAUCAAUAUGCAUACGGCAUCGAUAAUAUCGAAAAUCUGUGACUACGAUCCAUUCGAACAAAUCGAUUUGAGUUCAUUGAAUUUGGUAUUGGUACAAUUGGAACAAUGCCUGAGCGCGUAUGUUGCAUAUUUUGCGCGUAAAACUCAAACGCCGCGUAAAUUAAUUGAAGAAAUUGAUACGGCCAUCGAACCGCCACCAAAAUGUCCCGAAGGUCAAUUUAAAAUGUUUAUGCGCAUCCGUGAAUCGACCGUAUCGAACAACAUAAGUACGUACAGUACCGGCGUUAAAGUCGGCACAAGUCCCGCAAUGAAGACUGAAGGAACAAAAAUUAUCCCUGUUAAUAGUAACUUAUUAGUUAGUAGCAACAAUAGUAAUAGAAAUUUGCCAUUGUCAAUCAGUGGCAGCAAUAGUAUUAGAGGUGGUGUUGGUGGUCAUCAUGCAUUAACAGCAAUACCACCACCAUUGACUGCAUCUGGUGUCAGCGGUAUUGGUCAUAUGACAGCGGGCACAACACCGACCCAAACAAUUGUCGGUCUGCGAAAGCGUAUUGAUGCAGCCGGUGGACGAACGGCCGGCUCACCGGCCGGUACCAUGCAAAUCAUUCAAACACCAAACGGACGUCAAAUCAUUUUGGCACCAUCGAACAAUGGCCAAACAACAAUGCUGACACCUGGUCAACGAUUGACGGUGGUACGAAGUACAUCAUUAACACCACACACCCAUACACAACGAAUCGUUCGAUCAACAGCAAUUGCAAAGCCAUUUGUUAAGGUCACAUCAUCACCGCACGCAUUAAAUGUAUCAGCCACACCAUCGUCAUCGUCCACGUCCAAUAUCAUUAGUUGUAGCAGUACUAGUAGCAUAAGUAGUAGCAGUAAUGUAAGCAGUUCAUUACAAUUGUCAACAACAUUGGCCAAACAAUUGAAAACCCAUUCAUAUGCAAUGGCCAGUGGCGGUGACCAAUUGUCAAAACAAAUCGAUGCCGAUCAAAAGGAAAAUAUCGAUGAGACCGAUGCUGAAUUUGGUAUUAUUGAAACCGAAGAAAUGCUUAAGAAACGACGCAAACAAAAAUUACAAUUUUUGGCAAAAAUGAAUCGACGCCGGUGUUCAACGACACCGAUGUAUGGAUCAGAUCUCAGGGAAUCCGUUACGAAACUAUUCGAUGGUCGACCCAGCAAUCGUUCAGCAUAUGGUUCAUGGAUGAGCAUUGGCUAUAUAAAUUGUAUGAAUGCAAUGCAAACCAAUGAAAAUUGGAGCCUAAACAAUUGCAUAAAAACAUAUGCACAACGAACAAAUGAAAUGAAUGAUAUUUUCAAGAAUUUUGUUUUAUUUGUGCCGCCCGUAUCGGCACCGAUGCCCAUUCUACAUGUUUCACAUCCACAUCCAUCGAAAUUGAAUGAUGAACGGGCACGCGAACAAUGUUUUGCCACAGAAUUAUCACCAAAAAUGUCAUUACUCCAUCCAAUUGUAUCGGCGAUGUCAACACAAUUUCCAGAUCCACGUCUUAUCCAAUACGAUUGCGGUAAAUUACAAACGCUCGAUCGUUUAUUGCGCGAACUGAAAAACAAUCAACAUCGUGUGCUGAUAUUCACUCAAAUGACACGGAUGCUUGAUGUGCUCGAAGCAUUUCUUAACUAUCAUGGUCACAUCUAUUUGCGAUUGGAUGGCACAACAAAAGUUGAACAACGUCAAAUUCUCAUGGACCGUUUUAACAAUGAUAAACGAAUUUUUGCAUUUAUUCUGUCAACACGUUCCGGUGGUGUUGGUAUUAAUUUGACCGGAGCUGAUACUGUGAUAUUUUAUGAUUCGGAUUGGAAUCCAACAAUGGAUGCACAAGCCCAAGAUCGUUGCCAUCGAAUCGGCCAGACGCGUGACGUACAUAUCUAUCGUUUGGUUAGUGAAAAAACAAUUGAAGAGAAUAUUUUGAAAAAGGCAAAUCAAAAGCGAUUACUCGGCGAUUUAGCCAUUGAAGGUGGCAAUUUUACAACGGCCUAUUUCAAGGGCUCAUCGAUACAGGAUCUAUUUACUGUUAAUAAUGCCCAAGAUAGUGCAUCCGAUCGUUUGGCCGAUGUAUUGGACAGAGAUCGUGAACGACGCAAUCGAUUACAAGAGAAUUUAGCCAUCACAGCUGCCACAUCGUCGGCACAACAACAACAACAACCUCCAUCACAACCAAGUGGAUCGGAAGAUCGUACUGCCAUUGGUGCAUUUGAAUCGGCACUUGCUGCCGCUGAAGAUGAACAAGAUGUACAAGCGGCGAAAACAGCUAGCGCUGAAGCGGCAGCCGAUUUAGCUGAAUUUGAUGAAAGCAUUCCAAUUGAAGACAACGAAAAUAAACCACCCGAGUUGAGCAAAGCUGAACAAGAAGUGGAAAAUCUCGUGAAACAGUUAAAUCCAAUUGAACUGUAUGCAAUGCGUUUCGUUGAAGAAACGGGUGGCUCAUGGACGGCUGAACAAUUGCGUGCGGCCGAAGCGGAAAUCGAACAACAAAAACGUGAAUGGGAGGCAAAUCGUUUGGCUGCAAUCAAAAAGGAAGAAGAAGAUGAGAAACGUGCAGCCGACUUAGAUGAAAUGUUAACAUACUCACGCGAGGAUGCACAAAACCAGAUAUGGAUUUCUGAUAACACAAUGGAACUCAUGCCGCUUUGGAGCCCACCAACACCGCCACAAGACGAUUCUGAUCUCUACAUUGACUAUUCGUUAUGCUUCCUAUACGAACAAGAAACCAUACCGGAAUCAGAAUUGCCACCGGUUUAUAUUAGAAAGGAGGUCAAACGCACUCGCACCGAUGCCGGUUUUCUCAUGGACGGUCGACGUCCAAUUAAAAUUCGCAAAGAGGACAAUUAUUUUCCACCACGAUCACUAUUCGAUCGACCAUCACCCGCACUGGCUAAAUUGCGUCGUGACUUGAAAACACAACGAUAUCGCGGCAAUUUCAAACCACUCAUUCAAAUAACAACAAUUAAACAACAAUUACCACAACCACAAACUACCGCACAUCUUCAGGUUGCACAGCAGCCACAGCAGCCGGGUGCAUUGCAAUCGGCUCAAGGUGUUGUAGCUGGUCAACCAAAUCAGCCGCAAGUUGCGCAACCAAUUUUAGCCCAAAUUCAAACAAAACAAUUGGUCGAACCGGAGGGCAUGGCCGAAUGGGCAAUAUACGAGGAUGCCGCAUUGUUAAAUGUCAUUCAAAAUAUGCAAGGUUUACCAUUGAAUUUGAUGCUUUUAUCGCCGGGUCAUACGCCCAAUUGGGAUUUAGUUGCUGAUAUUGUAAAUCAAACAUCACGUGUUUAUCGAACACCAAAACAAUGUAAAUAUCGUUAUGAAAACUAUAUAUUGCCACGUGAAGAGGGUAAAUUGAUUGAAACUCCAAAGAAACAACCGAAAAAAUCGAAAAACCCAAGCAAACCAUUGUCACCGCCAAAAGCAAUACGAGCACUACGUACAUCACAAUUGUUUAUCAACGAUAAUAACAAUUCGUUCACCAAAUUGAUGAAAACCAAUUACGAAUUCAUCAAAGCGGCUAAAAUGAAGAAGGCACCAGAGAUCAAACAAAUGCUGGUCAAUCCAUCGAUGAAAAAUCCAAAACAUGCCGUUGUUAUGGCUGAUUUUGGCGUUUUAAAUUAUGAUCAACCAUUGAGCCCGGUCGAAAUAGCCGCACGACGCGCCGAAAAAAUGAAAGAACGCAAUCGAACUGUUGGCGUUAUGCAACAACAACAAGUUCAAUCGCAGAAUACGCAACUGCAACCAACACCAUCACAACAGCAACUUCAAGCGGCACAAACGCAACAGGUACAAGGAGCCAAGAUUACAGCACAUAUACCAACCGCAACAGCCGGACAACAACAACAGUUGAUACAGUUGCAGCAACAAGGAAAUGUUACUCAAGUUUUACCAUCGAUGGCAACCAUCGUUCAAGCCCACAACCUUCAAGCAUCUCGUGCUGGAAACCAUCAACAACCUGGUCAACUAGUGAAAGUAGUAACUGCUUCGCCACAAACCCAAAACAUUAUGAAUGCUGUACAACAUGUGCCGAUAUCACAAGCUCAACAACAAUUGCCACAGCAGACGCAGCAUCACAUUCAACAGCAACAGGUAUUUAUGACAAAACAACAACAACAGAACCAAGUUCAAGCUCAAGCCGGCCAACAAAGUGCGCAAGCUACGCAACAGAUUCCCCAAUUGCAUCCCGUACAGCAACAACAGCAACAAAUUCAAUCGUCACAAUCUCAACUGGCGAUCGUUUCGAUUCAGCAAGCCGUUAUGCCAACCAGUACGACAGUUGUCAGUCAACCGAAUCAGCAAAAUGUGACACCAACACCAAGUGGUCAAAUUGUUCAAACGCUUCCAGCUCAAGUGGCAACCUCCCAAGUGGUAUCUGUAUCACAAUUGACAGGUGUGGGAACGGUGUUUACCACAUCUGGAUUACCUUCCAAUGCAACGACCUCAUCGUUGCGUGCACAACGCAUACUUACCACACCGGGCAUACAAGAGAUUCAAUUUAGUCCCAGAUCUGGUACACAAACAUCGGCCGUUGUAUCGGUGAGUGGUUUAACUGCACAAAAUGUAACACCAACACAAAUUCAAGCGAGCCAAUUGCGUUUAUCGAUGGGCGGAAAUCAACAAGUAUCAGGUGUUGUCACCAAAGGUGGCAUACCAAUGAUUGGUGUUACAGCCACUGGGAAACCAAUAACACAGCCCGCACAAUUUCAAAUUGUUCGUCAAAAUACGGCGAGACAACAAUUUAAAGUAUUGAAUACGGCACAGGGUAAUACCGUUUUACAAACGGUCGGCGGUCAAGUGAGCGUUGUCAAUCCAUCAGGUGCAAUAAUUCAAGGUGGCAUUGUUGCGACCGGCACAAAUGUCGGCCAAACAAUACAAUUGCAACCAUCAAGCGGACAAAAGGUAUCACUUGCCACGGUGGCCGGUGUUACUGGUAGUCCGGGUCUUGCAACAAAUGUCGCUUCGGUUGCCAGCGUUCAAAUGAAUUCGGCUAAUACAACAACACCACAGCGAACACAUUUUAUGGUACAACAAAGACAACAAGUCAAACGACAAAUGGUCAAUCAAUCGCAGGCAAAUCAAACGGGCACUCAAGUGCAACACACACAAUCGCCACAGCAAUCACAAUCACCACAACAAGCCAAAACACAAAUCUUGCAGCAAUUCACGCCAAGCAUCCAAUUGCAAUCGGCUAGUGGAACUGGUCAACAACAAUAUGCGCUGGUGAAAACAUCAACAGGAUUAGCUACUUCGGGUGGAAUGACAUUGGCUCAAAUAAAAACGGGACAAAUCAAAGCUACCCUACCUGGUGUACGGCAAAUGCAAUUACAACAAAUACCAAUCGCACAACAGCAACAACGAAAGAAUGCGGCAGGAGCCACCGGCGGUUCGAUCAAAUCAUUUACGGGAACGAGUGCAGCGGGUGCAACAAAUGCAGCGGGAACGGCAAAGACCACAUCGGUCGGUGGUACACAAUUAAUUGUACAAAAUCCGAAAAAUCUACAACAGUCAACGGUCAGUGUGCAACAAUUGAUACGCCAGCAGCCGAAUCAAAUUGUAUUAGGCAAGCGAAUAAUUCCCGUAUCAGUGUCAUCACAGAAUGCUCGUCAAACCAUUCAGGUAGUGUCAGCCGCAUCAGCGCAAGGAUUGGCGGCCGGUACAAUUCGAACGAACAUGUCAAAUCCGCCCCAUACGAUAAAAGUGAGUGCGGGUACAACGCCGCAACAGGCAAUAUUUAGUAUGUUGCAACAGCAACAAGUGCGAAAUCAAAAUGCAAAUCAAAAUUUACGAUUGCAAGCAUCAACGGGUUCGUUGGUGGCGGUGGCCGUUCAGCCAUCACAACAACAACCCACACAACAAUCACAAGCAAAUCAACCAACACAAACCGCUCAAGCGACCGCCCAAGCAUCGGCCACACAACCACAACCACAAGUUGAACAAUCACCACAAUCACAUCCACCGGCAACAACACCAAAACGUCGUUAAACACCAAACAUUUCACGUGCAUGUAUAUGUGUGGUCGACAAAGCAUCGAAUGAUUGAAAAAAGUAAAUCAUUUGCAUUUGAACAGAUAAAAAAACAAGAAGAACAAUUUAACCAAUAUACAAACACAUUCUUAAAUGAUCUUUUACAUCAAUGGAUUAAUAUUUCGAUGUCAUUCAUGACUGGAAUCAUUUUUUUAUUCUUUGUGUAUGCACAAGCCAAGAAAACUAACAACAGAAAGUAUUUUAAUUGAAAUUAGUCAAUGAUCAUCAGAAAUGUUAACAUUUUUUUCUCUCUCUCUGUCUCUCUGUUUCGCAUUCAUUUUUUUUCCUCGCAAAUAUGCGAUAAAAUACACAGAAUUUUCUUUUUAUUUUAAAUAAUAAAUUAUACAUUAUUUUAUAGUGUGUAUUCAUUUGAAGAAGAGAAAUAAGCGAUAUUGAUCAGAUCGAAUCGAGAAAUGAAUUCAUUAAAUGUUGUUUUUUUUUGUCAACACAUCUUAAUCAGUUAACAAAGAAAUUGAAAGAAAAAUCACGCCACAAUCGACAUUAUUAUCAAUAUGUAAAAGAAAACUAACCACUCAGAUAAUAAAACCUAUUUAAAUUAUUGCAUUUAAUCAUAGAUGCAUUAAGUGAACAUCUAUUAUACAAACACAACAACAACAAAAAAAAAACGAAAUAAUUUUAUUUUCUCUGUAUUGUUUUGCGUUCGUUCAAAAUUCUAACAAACACAUGAGCGACGCGAUUUGUUUUUUUCGCGUUUUCAUUUAAAUUUGUGUACGAAAAUUUAAAAAUGAGACAUGAAAAUACAAACAUGCUCUUUUUAAAUUGCCAAUCGACGAAUUAGCAUUUGCCAUAAAAUGAUCCAAUCAAUUGAGAGCUUUAUUUAGUAAUUGUCAAUGUGUAGUUUGAUUUUUUCGUGUAUAUUUUUUCGUUGUUUUCCUAACACAAAAGAAAUAUGAACAUGAAUCGUGUGCAUGUAUUGUCGAUUCAGUUUUGUAACAAAAAAAAUAAUAAUCGUGAUUAAUAUCAUGAAAAACCCAUUGAAAACAAUGUGUCACGAAAUGAAAAAAAAAACGUCUGUAUAAUUUUUCUUUCAGUAAUUUCGAAAUCAUGUGACACACGCGUGUGUCGUUGCUUUGAAAUAAGAGAAGAACAAACGAAUCUAAAUUACUGUUCGACAACAAAAAACAAAUGUUCGCCAUUCUUUUUCAACGCUAAAUAUGGAAAGUAGUUAUGUUUUCUGCGAAAUUUCCUCUCACUACAGAUGAAACGUAAAAGCAACUAAUAAAUUCUUAUUGAGCUAAGAUGAUGAUGACGAUGGUGAAUGAUAAUAUGUAGUUUGGGCGUCUAAAUUUUUUCUAGGCGCCCCAUUUGAACGUCUAGGAUUUUAGCGAAAAAUUAAUUUAAAAAAGAAUAAAAAAAAAUUUAAAACGUUUUCUGUGUAAUUAAAUUAAACGAAAAACAAAACAACAAAAUAUUGUUUUAAAUAUGUAGCUGUACCAAGUAUUGUAAAUAUGAAAAAAGUCAAUAAAAAAAAAACCCGAUGAAAUUGAA